UUUAUUUUGCUUUGAUCGUGUCUUUCUAUAAAUCAUUACUAAUCGUAAAAUGGGUAAAAUAAAGCGUGUGGUUGGGUUAACAAUAAAAGAAAAACUUCAAAUUAUUACGGCUGUUAAUGAUAAAGUUGAUAAAAAGGUUCUAUGCACUAAAUACAGUUGUGACAGAUCAACAAUCAAUCGCAUAGUUAAAAACCAAGCCGAAAUUCAAAAGUCUGCCUCAUCGUCCCAGUUAAAGCGUAAGCGCCAACGAAAAGGUGCACACGAUUUGGUAGAGGAGGCAUUGUAUAAAUGGUUUCAACAACAAGAAUCAAUAAGCGUAAUACUGGAUCGGCAGGUAAUUUUGGCGAAGGCAAAGGAGUUUUGCGUAAAGUUUGGUGACUCCUUUGAGCCUGAUGCAAAUUUUUUAUGGCGCUGGCGUAAGCGGCACAAUAUUAAACAUGGUAAAAUUCAUGGCGAAACUGCAUCAAAUGAUUCCGUAGCAGCAACUGAAUAUGUUCGUGACGUAUUACCCGGCAUAAUUACAGACUACGAUCCAGCCAAUAUUUUUAAUGCAGACGAAACUGGCUUAUUUUAUAAAGCCAUGCCUAAUGCGACCUUUUAUACCAGUGGAACGCAGUUAACUGGGCAAAAAUCUCAGAAGGUGAGGCUUACACUAUUGUUUAUAUGCAAUGCAGUCGGGACUUACAAAAAGGUCUUUGUAAUAGGCAGAUCAAAAGCACCACGUUGCUUUAAGAACGCCCAUGUGCCACUGCCAUAUUAUGCUAACAAAAAAGCAUGGAUGACUAGUAAGCUCUGGAAAGAAAUAGUUCACGAACUAGAUGCAGAUAUGAAGAAGCAAAAACGGAAGAUUUUGUUGUUUAUUGAUAAUACCACAAGCCACAAUAUUUUAGAAGAAUGUGAAAACAUUAAAUUCAGCUUUUUACCACCAAAUACAACGGCUUCAGUUCAACCACUAGAUCAAGACAUUAUACACUGCUUCAAAUUGGAGUAUAGACGCAUAUUGGUAAAACAACAGCUAAUUGCUGUAAAUUCUGGAAUAUCAACAACUGAAUUUUUAAAAACAAUUUCAUUGUUGGACGUUCUACAUUUUGUAAACGAUGGGUGGAAGCACGUAACGCAAUUAACUAUUCGCAAUUGUUUUAAAAAGGUGAACAAUGUAUAUUAUCAGUAUUGCUGUUAACUAAUAACCACAU